AUGGUGUUGAGAAGGUUACUGCUAUGUUUCUGGAUGCUGCUCAUCCAAUGGUGCCUCCAAUGUCACUGCGUUGGACUUGGAACGGGUAUCCCUGGUGAUGAGACUGCACAAUCUGGAUUGAGGAGAAAGAAGAAUGGAUUGUUCGCCAAGAAUGACAGCCAAAGGGUAUCUACUACUAGUAGGCAACCACCCACAGCCACUGUAUCUAUUGCUUCAGAUAAUCAUCGCAAUCUGAUGCAAAUAGUCGCCUCUGGUCAUGGAGAGUACACCUUUGAAUACGACGGCGGUGCCUCUUCCAGUAGUACUGGUAGCGGUCAAACAGCACACUCGGCCGGUGGUGAUCUCCCUCCCAUUGAAAACGCCCAAGGCGACAUUGUCAUGCCCGGUCCUGGCUGCAGUUUUCCCAAUUUUGACGGCACCACAACCACCUUUUUAGAAGGUCAAUCGAUGGGUACCUAUCGCAUGAUUCACAGCUGUGCCAACAAUGUCCCCGAAGCUUUUCCGUGCUAUUGCAUCAGUGGCGCUCCCGGUCAAAUGGUCUGCCCCUACUGCUUUUAUCGCGAUACAUUCAAUAACAAUGUCUGUGGCCGCAGUGGGGAAAUCAUCGGCGUCUUGCACCCCAAUCGAACGCUGCUCAAUUGUCAAUGCACCGUGGCGGUCGAACCAUUUGGCAGCAGUUACGACGUCAAAAUCACCUCCAAUUGUGACAUGGUCGAUUUGACCACGGCGGCACCCAGCAGUGGUGGAGGAGGAUCAUUCGGCAUUGAUACAUCCACAACACCACCUGUUACGGUCACUCCCGUGGCGACACCCCCACCCACGUCGACGUUUGUCUUUCCCACGACACCUGCUCCUUCGUCGACCUUUGUUUUUCCCACAACGCCUGCACCAGUCACAGCACUCCCCGUGCCGCCACCCACAUUGGGUCCGACCACGGGUGGAGGAGAAUCAUUGGGGGAUGGUGGUUUGGGGGAUAACAAUAACAACAACAUUGCCAAUCCUGUAGUCACCUACCAACCCGGCAACCUGACCAUUUAUCAAGACGGAUUGUGGUUAUCUCAAGGAUUGACCGCACGCGUCUUGGCGAUUGCCGGGGAAAAGGUUCCCUACGAAGCUCCGGGGUCGGAAUUCUUGGCGGGGUCCACCAACGCCUUGGUGGCCCGUCAAACACUCAUGGAAUCGCAAGUGGAAUUCCAUUACGAUCCCGAUGGUGCCGCCACCUUUUUGGACAAUCGACCCAGUAACACGGGUGGAUGGAUCUAUGUGAGCAACAGCGAAAAGACCGACGGGGGUGUUGGUGCUGUCACAUUCAAUGCCCAAGGACAAGUCAUUGAUUACCGUCGACUCUUGCAGGGGACGCUGUGGAACUGCAAUGGCGGGAAAACUCCCUGGGGAACCUGGGUGACGGCCGAAGAAGAUACCGACAAGUUUGAAGGUCGAUUGUGGCAAGUCGAUCCGUACGGUGUGCGAGACCCCAUGCCGCUCACAUUGGGCAGUGGGGGUGGUGCUUGGGAGGCGUUUGCCUAUGAUAUUCGAGAUUUGAAUAAACCCUACUACUUUGUCACGGAAGAUGAUGAGGAGGGAGCCAUGCAUCGAUGGACGCCCGAUUCGGUGGUGUGGGGUAUGGAUCCUUGGAUGAUGUUGCAUGGAUCUGGUCAGACGGACUAUUUAAUACUCCAACCGGACUUUGACAAUGGAAAUGGCAACAAUGGAACCUUUUAUUGGACCGCGGAUUUAGAUGAGGCACGUGACAAUGCCAAGGACUUUUACCAAUACUCAGAAGGCAUUGAUGUCCAUGGAAACAUAUUGACGUUUGUCUGCAAGGGAGACUAUAUUCUGUUUCGACUGAAUCUAGACACAAUGAAAUAUGAACGAAAGAACACUCGUGCAGGACUCUUUGAUGGUGAACCGGACCAAGUCCGCACCAUAUUGCAAGAUGAUGGAAGCACAUUGCUUUACUUUAGCGAAGACUACGGCAACGUUGCUGGUAUUCACGCCCGUGAUGAAGAUGGUAACUUCUUUACCAUAUUGGAAGGGCCAGAUUUUGCGCCCGAAACCACUGGAAUUUCGUUCAGCCCAGAUGGGAAACGCAUGUACUUUCAGUUUCAGGAGGAUGGCUACUUGUUUGAGGCCACACGUGACGACGGCCUGUCCUUUCAUGCUGCCACUGUCAAUCUCAAGCCACGAUUGACAGAAGACCCAAGAAAGUAUCGCCGACAAUGA